AGAAAAGAAGAUAUCAUAAUUUCACGUCUUCGAAUCUGACAUUCUGGAUAAAAUAAUUCUCUUUUUAAAAUAGAAAAUCAUGCAACUGGUAAAUGCAGCCAUUCUGAUCAAAGAGACAAUAGAGCAUAUUUUAUUUACAUGUCAACACAGUAUGAAAAUUAAAAAAAAAAUCACUUAUUCAGGAAAUGGAAAAAAUGGCUUAAAACGUAUAAUAUACAAAGCUUUUUGGAAUAUAAUUUGGAGCAAUGGAAGAAGUAUAGAGCCAGUAUAACAUUUGUUAAAGAAAUCGGGUUAUACAGGAUAAUUUAGUGUUUAUCUUUGCAUGUCUGUGCUCCACACUCCAGUACAGCAGGAGGCGGUAGUGCACCAUAACCAACCGCCAUAAAACUCCAGAAGAAGAAGAUUCGAAUCAAAAGACUCGUAAAGGUUUUGAAGACUCGCGAAUCAGUGUUUAAAGCGAUCGUCACAAGAGCCUGAUGUCUUCACGUGUAAAUGCAUCGGUGUACAUUUAAACAAUUAAUCCGUCUUCGAUUUUUUUAUUGGUUUGUCAACAGAAGACAGGAUUUCUUAAUACACUAACCGUUAGCAAUGAGAUGAAGUUGAAAAUCUGACCCGGACUCACUGUUGUCUCUGGAGCAGGGAUCAUUGUCCGGACAGCGUAAUAAACAUCUCCUGAUUCAUACAGUUGUGUACUUUGAGGCCUUGACUACUACAGAAGCCACGCUUGCAUUUUACCUCAAUGACUACAUCAAGUCAACCACACGUAUAGAGUGAAAGUGAUUGAGAUCUUCAGUGAAGCUCCUCCUACAACAAUCCAUCAAUAAAUGCUGGAGUCAAACACACAGAGAAAUCACUCCAUGUGUGACAACUGAAAUCUUCAUGACAUAAUGUUGAUGCUGGUGAAAGAGGAGCUUGAGAAGAUGACAGAUCCACAACCAUGCAGAAUAAAGGAUGAAGAUACUGAGAAACAAAUAGAUAUGAUGGAAGUGAAAGAGGAGAGUCAAGCUGAAGUGAAUGAAAAACAUCAGAUUGUAAAAAUAAACCAUAAUGUUUCACAGAAAGAAACUCUGAAGACAGAAGACAUAAAGUGUGAAAAUAGUUUCAGUGAAGAUGAACGCCCUGCAGAUCACAAGAGGACUCGCAGUGAGAAGAAACCUUUAACAUGUCAACAGUGUGGAAAGAGUUUCGGAAGAAAAACUCACCUUAAAGCACACAUGAAGAUUCACACUGGAGAAAAACCAUUCACAUGCCAACAGUGUGAAAAGAAUUUCAUAAGCAAAGCUUACCUUAACUUGCAUGUGAGGAUUCACACUGGAGAGAAACCUUUCACAUGUCAACAGUGUGGAAAGAGUUUCACCUUUCGAACAAACCUUAACCGCCACAUGAAAACUCACAGUGGGGAAAAGCCACACGCAUGUCUUCAGUGUGAAAAGAGUUUCAUAGAUAAAAGUCAACUUAUGAAACACAUAAGAGUUCACACUGGAGAGAAACCUUUCACGUGUCAACAGUGUGGAAAGAGUUUUUCUAUUGAAGGUAACCUUAAGAUACACGCAAGAAUUCACACUGGAGAGAGAGCGUUCACAUGCCAUGAGUGUGAAAAAUGUUUCAGAAGUAAGAGUACCCUUACAGCACACAUGACAAUUCACAAAGGAGAGAAACCAUACGUGUGUUUUCAGUGUGAAAAGUGUUUCAGUAUGGAGUGUCACCUUAAGAAACACAUGAUAACUCACAGUGAAAAGAAACCUCACGCAUGUCUUCAGUGUGAAAAGAGUUUCGUAGAUAAACGUGGACUUGAGAUUCACAUGAGAGGUCACAGUGGAGUGAAACCUUACAUAUGCUCCCAGUGUGAAAAGAGUUAUACAAGUGUAAGCGCUAUUAAGAAACACAUGAGGUCUCACACUGGAGAGAAACCGUUCACGUGUCUUCAGUGUGAAAAGAGUUUCAUCGAUAAACGUGGACUUAAAACUCACAUGAUCACUCACACUAAAGAGAAACCUUUCACAUGCCAUGACUGUAAAAAGAGUUUCAAAACAAAAGCCAACCUUAAAAAACACGCAAGAUUUCACACUCAAUAGAAACAUUCACGUUUCAACAGUGUGGAUAUGGCAACAAAGUUUAUAAAUCAGCUGAGGUCUUAUUAAUAAAACUGUUUGUAGGAUCCUUACUUAAAGAGCCACACAGAUCCAAAAUCGAAAAUGACCUGUAUUGCAGUGUGUCUUGUAGCUGUACAUCAAUGUAAACAAUGUGCAAAGUAGUUGAACCAAAAAGUGCACGAUUAAUAAAGUUAUUGGCAUCUAAAGUAGGGAGUCCACUCUGAAUCGCUGAAACGAGUAUGAAACGCUGAAAUGAUUUGGAUUGAAUCUACUGCCUGACUUUAUCCACGUAAUACCGUAAUGGCCACUUUAUUUGAAACAACAUGGGUCUCCUAACCAUAACCUCUAAGUAUGAUUAUAGCUAAUGAUGAAUAAUGUGUAUUGAUGUUGUUGUUUAAACUCUUAAUAUACUGUCAGAGAGUCAUGUUAGCAAGCGGCUAACACAUGCUGCCCGUUUUGCUAUAACCCGGUUAGCUUACAUUAAUGCUUUAAUGAGUGUAAAAACGUUAGUUUCUGUUGUCGUUUUUUUUUUUUUUUGCUUGGAAGAACGAUGAAUGAUGUGUAUUAAUGUUGAUAAUGUCUUCUCAGUAAAUCAUGUUAGCACUAGGUCAAUACAUGUUGCACUAUUCUGUGCCACUGAUCUGUGCGAAGACUGUGUCAGUUGAUCAAUCAGAGUCGAGUAGGCUACUGAAAGGUGGGGUUUAGGCUAGGGCUGGGUCAGAAUAUUCGAUUAUUCAAAUAUUCGUUUGGUGGCAUUCGAUUUUUAAUUUUAAGAUUUGAAUGUCCUAUUUGUUUCAACAUUAUUAGCUGCAGAGACCGCCCAGCAGGAAGUGCACUUUACGCUCCUGCUCUACAAGUGGCGGUGUGGCGCUGAGAACCUGGCUUGCAACUGCCACCAAACCCCACAAGAACAUCGUGCUUGUGUUGGCUAGAGGCUUGAUCGCUUUAACUCUUAAUAAUUGUCAAAUACAUUACAUCCAAGAUGCCAGUAAGUCACCAGGAUUCACAAGGAUUACAUCUGCUUUUGAGUUCUCAAAGUUGUGGAUAUAUUGACUUGCAUUAAACGACAGGGCACUGGGGUUUUUGCUGUGCUGCUUUAUUUUUCUACUGACGUCAGUAAAUAAACUUGAUAUUGAAAGUA